AUGCCGUCGCAUACUUCAAAUGGUAGCAGAAUUGCUCCAAUUCCUAGGGAUGCCGCCACUGGCUUCUCUAAUGCUUCGACCGUUUUGCGCGAAGAUCGGUCGCUUGCUGAGCCUACUCUUCCUGUGAGCGCUUUCAGAUUAGGAUUGGCGGAAAGGUACAAAGGGUUUGCCAGUACAACCAAUCUCGAAGCCGCUGUUCCCCCUGAACCAGACCAGAAGCAGGGCAGAAAGCUCAAGGAGGUGAGCAAGAAUACUAGAUCUUCAAACAAGCAUGGCCGAAAGACUGAAAGCACAAAAAGCCACCAGGAAGAAAGAAAGUCAAAGUCAGCAUCAAAAACGUCCCGUAAGAAGAAGACAGAUGGUGACGAGAAGCAAGUCAAGAUAAAAGAAGCUAAAAUCACGAAGCCGGGUAAAGAGAGAUCCAAAAGAGAAGUCAAUGAUGCCUCUAAGGAUGGGAAGCAGAAGAGAGUCAAGAAGUCGUCAACCAUGUCUGUUUUAUUAGACGAUGCUGGAAACAGGUCAAUACCUGAGAAGACAGAAGGCAUGGCAUUAAGUAGAGCUGUCAAGAGACGACGCGACUGGACCCCUACUCGGGACGUGAAGAGGAAAUCCAUCGUUGUCGAGCACAGCUCGAAUGCACGUGAGGACCAUUUCCGGAACACAGCUGGUAGCACUGUUUUAGCACAGUCGUUGAAAGAUUAUGGCUUUACGAUGCCAAAGGAUUUCAAGCACUUUGAUUCGGAGCUUGUCAGACAGACUGAAAACAAUCCAGUUGUCAGCAAGAAGAGGAUUCAGCUUGUGAAUGGCUUGUCCCAUCCUCCAGUCAUAGCUGAAAAGCCACGAAGGGCCAGGUCUCCAACCAAGAAAGCACAGACAAUCACUGAAAAAGCAACUGCUCCUUUCGUAGCCCUACAAGACGAGAAGGAGCCGUCGCUCUUACAACUCUUGGCUCCACCAAAAGUAUCAGAAAAUGAGGCGCAAGUUUCUACGACGGGACCUAAACGGAGAUCGAAAUCCACUUCAAAUCGAUCCAAGGGUAAAGCUCAAGAUAUUGUACCUGUGCUGCUCUCGCCCAAAUCUGCUAUGAAGCAGGUAAAGGAACAGGAGCUGAUAUUUGGGACAUCGAGUCAGCUUGCUAGGGAUGAGUCGCCGACGUUCUUGAAAGACCUACAUCAAGCUAUGAAGGAAUCUGAGCAUAUGCCCAUCCUGCAGAUACCUGAAGCGGCAGAGCAGGAAGAUGUAGAUCCUCCGACCAACUCACGACAACAGUCAGGGACUUUGGCAUCUAAAGUGACGAAGAAUUUAUGGGCAGCCAGCGCAAGAGAUUCUGAUAAUUCGCUUCUCGAAGUCGAAACUGUAGGUUUUGCGAAUCGAGAAAGCCGUUCGAUGCAGAGGAGAGUAAAUGAUCGGCAUCAAACAAUUCAGAUUGCCCCCGAGAAUGACAGCUUCCAAGACAUUGAUGUGAUAUCAACUUCUCCUCGUUCUAAGCCUGAUCCCACGAGUGAUAUCUCCGAAUACACUGAACUUCACAAAAAGGCCAACAAUGACAUUGAUAUGAGAGGUACGACGUGGGAUGCAAAGGUCCCUUCCACAGAAGGUCACAAGCUGAAGUCAAUUUCGGAAAAGAAGAAAUCUGAUGAGAAAUCAACGGCAACAGACGCCAUGCCCAAUUUUCAGGGUUACACGGAGGGCGAACUAAGGAAGCAGAUCUCUUCAUAUGGCUUCAAGUCACUCAAAAAGCGAGAAGCUAUGAUCACUCUGUUACGAGAUUGUUGGAAAAGCCAAAGGAACAUGAAAUUGCAAAAUCUGCCCAACGGGAUUAACCAAGCGCCAAAAGCAAUUGUAGAACUCGCUCAAGAGGCGUCUGUUGAUACUUUUGAUCCUGUCAAAAGAAAAGGUUGGCCUUCGAAGUUCGCUGCCCUGCCUACGACAGCAAAUGGAAAUCUGUCAUCACCGCCGAAAAAGGCCAGAGGCCGGCCAAAGAAGUCUGCUAGCACGACUGCCUCGCCAGCGAAGCCGAAAGGUGGUGUCAGUAAGCGACGAAAAAACAGCCCAUCAGUAGAACAAAUUCAUGCCGAAGAUGAAAAUGAAGAUGAAGAAGAUGCUCGUGUAGCGUCUUCAGGCCGCCCACCUUCGCGCCAAAAAGCUGCUCGUAAGGAUGCCAAGCGAUCUGGUGAGGAUGAACAGGAACGUGAACGCCUUUUGGAGACUAUCACUAAGGCAGUCAAGACAUAUCCUCCAACGAAUGACCCGACUAAACUCACUUGGUACGAAAAGAUCUUGAUUUACGAUCCUAUCAUCAUCGAGGAUCUGAGAAUGUGGUUGAAUAAUGAGGGUCUUGUUAGAGUCGGUGAGGAUGAUGAGGUCGACGAUUUUUUGGUCAAAGCGUGGUGUGAAGGACGAAGUGUGUGCUGCGUGUGGAGGGACACCCAUAGGGGUGGCCAACGUGUGAGAUAUUAA